AUGUCGCUGCCGUUCUUUUCGAAGCGGUGGUCGUGCAAGGGCAAGCACGUCUUCAUCACGGGCGGAUCUCAAGGCCUGGGCCUGGCCCUGGCGGAACUCUGCGCGGCCAAGGGAGCGGCGAGAGUGACAAUCUGCUCACGCUCGCAGGCGAAGCUCGACCUCGCCCUCGCCCAGGUCCAGGCUGCUGCCGCCACGACUGGCUCGACCCAAUGCCACGCCGUCGCCGCCGACGUGAGCACAUUUGAGGGCGCCCAAAAGGCCCUCGAGGCUGCUGCUGCCGGCGGCACGCAGCCCGACGUCGUCUUUUGCUGCGCAGGGGGCGCCAAGCCCGGCUUCUUCAUCGAGCAGACCCAGCUCGACUUUGAGACCGGCUUCAAGACCGACUACAUGACGGCCCUCGCCACGUCCCACGCUGCUGCCAGUCUCUUUGUGCGCGUGGCCAAGCGAGACGCCAAGAUCGUCCUCGUCUCCUCGACAUUGGGCCUGAUGGGCAUGGUGGGCUACGCGCAGUACAGCCCCAUGAAGUUUGCCAUCCGCGGCCUGGCAGAGUGCCUCCGCUCCGAGCUGCAGCUCUACUCGAUUGACGUGCACGCCUACUUUCCCGGCACCAUUCUCUCGCCGGGCUACCAGGAGGAGAACAAGACAAAACCGGCCAUCACCCUCGAGCUCGAGGGCGACGGCGAAAAGGAGGGCCUGACGCCAAAGCAGUGCGCCGAGGGCCUGCUCAAGGGCGUCGAGCGCGGCCGCUUCUUCAUCACGACGGACAUUCUCACCGAGCUCUUUCGCGCCGCGACGGCGUCGGGCGGCAGCGUGCCCGGCAACGGCUGGCUCCUUGACAAGGCCAAGAGCUUCAUGGCGGGCAUUGGCAUCCCCGUCUGGCGCAUCUUCAUCGCCGAUCGCAGCAUUCAGGCUCACAGGGAGCAGCACUUGAAGGACCUGUCGCUGUCGAAGCCUGCCGCAUGA